GUUGAAAUAGAACAUACAACCAUUUACAUCAUAAUUUUGGUAAAUGACAGAUGAUCGGAGAAAAAUACUAAUUUCUUUGACUAUUGGACAUUUAAAUGUGGAUUACUUCACCUGGAUUUACCUGUGGACUCUCGUUAACUUUUUCUUGAUGUUUGUAAAUGGAUUUAUAUUGGCUUUAAGCACUAGCAACCAAAGAGGUGGUAAAAUCCUACUUUUAUGGUGUUAAAUUUCUUAUAAUUUGAGUCAAAAUGUGAUUGCAUGUUCAAUUUGGAAUAAUUUUAUUAAUACAAGGAAUAGAUCUAUGUGAAAAUGAAUAUUCACAAAGAUUCAGGAAUUAUAAAAAAUUGGUGGAAAACUUUGGAAGAAUUCCUUAUCACAGAUGACUUAUUUGUGGAAUACUUCAAUGCCUUCUUGGCUUUACCUUCUUUCCCAACACCUCUCUGUUUCAACAAAGAGAAGACCGGAUUUGAAGUGGUCACAGAAGCCAGAAAAGAAAUCGGCAAACAGAUUAAAGCCGCCAUAAGAUCACAGAAAAAGCAAUCAAAGAUCUACAAAGUUGUGAAAAACCACAGUUUUAUAGAUAUACCACUAAUUCCAAUAGUAGAACCUGAAGGUCCUGAUCAUAUUGAAAUCAACACUAAUUACACAGUUACAACUUUAAACAAAGAACAAGGUAUACACUGGGUAAAAGAACGUAGAAUGCCUGCGUUUUUAGAAAGUGACCUAUACAUGGAAUACCGUCUUGCUAAUCUAGUAUCACAGGCCAAAAUUACUGGAGAACAAGGAGAAUAUAUAUUAAUGAGAAUAGAUUUCAAACCAAAAGUGAAACAUAAAAAGAAAGUCGUAGAAGAGGAAGUGGAGGUGGAUCCUAAAGAACAAAUGAUGAAAGAUAUGUACGUCUGUAUGGGUACGGCAUCCACCACUGAUACCGAGGCUUGGUUUACUGCUGCCUCCAUGGCAACAGUAACCAGUGUUUCUUCCUCAACACAGUUAAGACCAAGGAGUGCUGAAAUGACAAAGCGUCCAGUCAGUGCACGACCAGUUAGUGCAUAUAGUUCAGUGGAUAAUUAUAAACGGUCUGAAAGUGGAUUAGCCUCAUCUGUUAAAAGUUCCUUAUAUAGUAAUUAUAGGAAUACACAAAAUUCUGAUGAUUAUGAUGAUGUAUAUUCUAGUAAACUGUUUGCUGUUGAUGGUAAACCUAUGACCCCGCGACCCACCGAUUCUGUGUGUGCUGUUACUGCAGAUUAUAGGGAUAAACAUAACCGACCUUUUAGUUCUACUGUAUACAGUAUACCUAAAGUUGACAAUAGUGAUGUGGAAUCUGGAUUAGACAUAAGUGACGACACUGACUCUGUAGAUUCCAAAGAUAACAACGAUCAGUUAGAAAUGCUACAAAAUGAAGGACAACUCUCCUCAAGGAAAGGAAGUUCUGAUAGUAUAGUGUUUAAAAAUAUUGACGAUAUAGGAACUGCAAUAGUAGGUGCUGUUUUAAAGAGAACUGUGUCAUCAAUAUUAAAUGUACAUGAUGAUGAUCUGCCUUUGGAAAUUUUAGAUCAAAUCCCUGGUUGUGAACUGUCACGACAUAUCUCAUUGGAGCAUUUAGACAGAAUAUCAUUACAAGAAGUGCAAUUACCAGAGGAGGACUCAGAGGCUGAUAAGGUAACAGAAGAACCACUAUCAGAAAAUGACAAGAAGAAAGAAGAAGAAAGUGAUGCUGACUCGCUACUUGACAGUGAAGAUGACUACGAAGAAGAAGAUACUUUCUUUAGGAAACAUAAAACAAAGACAUUUAAACUGACAAACAGAAAAGGAACAGAAAAGUUUAAAGCAUUCUUAAGUGGUACAAUGGGAGAACGAAAUUGGAACUUGUGGCUUGAUAUUGAUAAAACCAGGUUUAUGACAGAUGAUGAAGCUAUUCACAGGCAUUUACUAGAAAUGAGGGAGAAAUAUUUCAUCCCUGGCUCCUUGUUUGAAUUGACUACUGAACAGAAGACAGAUUUAAAGCUGACCAAACCUUCCUCAUGGACUAAAGAACAUCUCAUUAACAUACAGAAUAAAAUAGCUGAGCCCUUAGUACUCUACUGGGCUCCUAGAUUUUUACUGACACAAUUGAGAACAACAGAUCCUGCCAAGCAUGCUGAAUACCUCAAUCUUAAGUACCUUAAAACUAAGCCGGAUGUAUUCCCUACUCGUCCAGCAGCUAAACUACUGCCACUACGUCCUAAGUCAUGUUUUCCAAGGUUUGGACAACAAGCUUUUGAGGAUUUACCAUCUACUACUCAAGAUACACAAUUUGUGACCUCACCUCCUGUUGGUUUCCGUAGAAACUACUCAUCCUCUGCUUUCACCUAUGACAAGUUGCAUGGUACCAAACAGACAAUAAUCUCACCAAAACUAUCUGUACAGAAAACAACAAAACCUCUGACUUCUGGUCAAAAGUCAAGGCCAUCCACUGCUGGAUCAUCACGCCCUGUAUCAGUAAACAGACAAACAUCACGUCCAGUUUCUGGGAUUAAACAAACAUCACGUCCUGUAUCUGGUAUGCUGCCAGCUUCACGUCCAAUAUCUGUACAUCCUUCAUCACGUCCAGAGUCAAGAGAUGCAAACAGACCAGUUUCUGCAAAUCGACCAGUUUCUGCAAAUCGACCAGUUUCUGCACAUCGACCAGUAUCUGCACAUCCUUCUGCAAGUAGGUCAGAAACAACUAGCACACCACAAACACAACUACGACAGCGACCUCAGACAGCAGGGGUUGGGAGAGAAAGAAAUGGUUCUCAAUGUUCAGAUGCCUCAGACUUUAUUGGAGGACAUCGAAUGGAGGCUUUGUUACAAGCUCUGCAUCAUGAGAGAGAAGCCGGUGGAUUCUUCAAGAAGUUUAUCAAUAGAAGUGGCAACAAGUUGUGGAUUAACUGUUUGAACUUCUGGAGUGAAGUGCAGGACUACCAUUGGUUAUUUUAUACAGAAUUUAUUGACCCAUAUAUACUACAGAAAAAGGCAAAGACUGUAUAUUCCAAGUACAUAGUUAUUGGAGGCAUCUGUAGCAUUAGCUGUAGUUACAGUAUCCGACGAGAGGUAGCCAGAUGUAUGCAGCCACCAUUCGAGGAACUAUUUGACGCAGCGGAGGAAUACUCUAUAAAGGAGUUGUAUGUUGCAUGGACACAGAUGAUUACUGUAGACAUGAAGACUUAUGGAAAGGUAGAAUUAAUAGAAGUGGUGAAACAUUUAGAGACCAGAUCUAAAUAUGUCCUCAAUUUACAGAAGAGAGGUUUAAUUAAAGAGAGGGUAGAAACUCCUGAAGACCCUAUGGAGAAAUAUGAAGAUCCUGUCUAUGAUCCAACACUGCAGGAAAGAAUACCUGAUGAAUACAAAGACUACACAUUAGAAAAACUUGUGGGAAAUCGUAUUGAGUUAGAGAACUUCCAAGUUUUCCUGAAGGAAAAUUACGCAGAUACAGAUUUACUCUGUUGGAUGGCUAUUAGAACUUUCCGUAACAUUCCAUACACUGAUGAGAAGGCUCGAGAUGAACUGGCUACUUCUAUACGAGACAGAUACCUUAAUCAGAAAUAUUUCUUUGGUCCAAACAGUCCAGCUGGGAAGAAAGGACAAGAGAAGGUAAUGGCUGCUGCAGGAGGUUAUAGCCAGCUGUUUAAAAAGAGGCCACCAAAUGAAGUGUUGAUUGAAGCACAGAAGUAUAUACGUGAUAGACUGGAGAAGAAAUGGCUGCCUUUAUUCUUGGCCACAUCAGAGUUUGCUGAUAGACAGAGGCCAAAGGCUGGCAUGGAUGAUGUUGUGGAUGAUGUCUUAGUUAUUAAGAAAAAGAGAUCACAUAAUAUACAAAGGAGUUUGGAUAACAACAAGUUUAUUUCCUCGUCUAAAGAUGUAAUAGUCUUCCGUAAAGGUCUGCUGAACCCAGUGACAGAGUUACAAUUUAGGAGAUAUGUAUCUAUAUAUGGAGACAACCUAGAAAAUGAUGUACUUUUCUGGAAAGAAGUCCAGGCAUUUAAGGAACUUUACCAUGUACAUAGUGAUGAAAGUUUGAUUCAGGAGAAAGUAGCAGUUAUAAUCAGCUGUUUUAUUGACUCACAAAUUCCACCAAAUAUCCAGAUCGAUAUUUCACCUGAUAUGGCAGAGAAAAUAGUAGAGAGAAAGUAUGAAAGAACACCUUACUUAUUUAGGGAGGCACAGUUUACAGUUUUUCGUCACCUUUUUCGAUUCUGGGACAAAUUCUGUACAUUUAGGGGAAACCAUGCAGAAGAAAAGAUAUUACCAACAAUAGAGAGAAUAAGGAAACAUGAGAGAGCAAAACAACGAGCUGAACAACAACGACUGGAUGAACUUGCUCUCAAGGAGGCUGAGGAGAAGAAGCAACCUCAAAGGAAAAAGAAGCUAAAGUUUGGGAAGGGUAGAGCAGAAGAAAGAGCUGCCUUAGGACUACCACCAGAGAAUGAAGAGGAUGAAGAUGCACUGGACCAUCUGCAACAUUUCAGUCACCAUGACGAUGAUGAAGAAGAACAUGGGCCUAUGGAGAAGAACAAGAUCUCAUGGUCUUAUUCUAACUACAUGGCUGCUCUGGAAAAGGAGGAUAUUCUUAAUAAUACAGAUGAAAGUACAUUUGGGUCUUUGUUAAAUUUUGGAGGAGAGAAAAGUAGUGAGAAUGGUGAUGAAGUAUCACUAAGUAAACAGGAUGAUAUAGAAACAAUGUCUAGGAAAGAAACUCGUUCUGAAGAAACUCAAACAGAUAAAAAGAAGUCAACAAAGUCAAGCCCAAGUCCUGACUCUGAGAAAGGAGGGAGCAAGAAGAAAGUUCCACAACGGAAGGGUUCUGUAGAAUUUCAGAAAAUGGCUUCUCUUGAAGAGGAAAAAGAGAAUGAUGAAUCAACAAAAAAGUCCAAGUCAAAGGGUAAAGGUCAACAGUUAUUGACAGAAAAGAAAUAAGCUGUUUAAUCUUGAUUAUAGUAAAAAUGUUAGUGAAUACUUAUACAUAGUAAUAGUCAGUCAGUUAGUCCAUAUCUGUUUAUACCAUUGAGUGGAUUGUUCUCUCACAUUGUUCCUGUUUAUUCACAGAAGUGAAUAUAAUGUUUAAGCAGUUUUCAUCCAUCAUAAUUGUGAGUCAACUAAGUUGGGACUGUUUAUUCAAUGUACAGGGCUGAUACAAAUGUGUAAAUUUUGAUUUUUGAUUUUAAAAUUUACACCAAGAAAAGCUCUUUUUAUCAUUCAGGAUAUUCUCUGUAUGUUGCAGUUGAGUGUGUUUACCAGGGAUAGUUUUUUGAAAUAAUUGAAACAUUAUCAACAGUAAAAUUUACUAACACAGUACAAGUAAAACCAUAGAUGCCUGGAAAACUGUAAAAUGGUAAUUUUUUAAGUUGAAUGUUAAUUUGAUUGUUUGAUAGUUGGAGUAUAUCAUAAAAUGACAUGCAAUUUCUCAAUUUGCAAGUAAAUUGCAUAUGAAGGUAUUUAAUUAAUUUAUUUUUACAAUGUACUCUCUUAUAUUUCAAAGGUCGAAUUACAAUUGUUAUUAAAUCUUUUCAUUAUAAACUACAGGAAUCUCAUUGCAUCUACCUGCUAUUUUGUCUGUAUCAUAUAUAUUUUAUUUUUUUCAAGCUACGUUAAAUCUCAAAGUUAUUCUAUAUUCAGUUAUCUGUCAUGUAAGUGAUAUAUGACUCUGUAGUCCUAUGGCUGGUUGACUAUUUAACUUGUGUAUCUUUGUUUUGUUUUAUAUUUAAGAAUAUUUUUUAGAUUAUAUUUGACAAAUUAUAACUAGGGGUGCCUAGUAUAUGAUAAUUUAUGACUUGAUAAUGUAUUUUAUAUGAAGCAUUUUACUUCAGAUGGCUUUCUGUUACAAUUAUGUAUUUUAUAAUAGAUUUAUUCCAACUACUUAGUAUUUACUGUAAGCUGAUUUAUUUUAAGUGAAACAUAACUCUUGUGAAUUCUAAUUUAUUCCUACCAUGUUAUGUUUGUCCACUUCCAAGCAGACUGUGAUGUUUUUUGUCUUUACAUAGCUAUAUUUAUAAUAAAUGAUGCUACCUU